GAUGGCCGGUUGGUGGGGUGGAGAGUUAACACUUGACAGAGAUAAAGCAAGGAGGAAAUGUUAACUGGAAAGAAAGGUGAAACUCUCACCCACUUUUUAGUCUUCUCAUCACUUGCUCUGGUAUUAGUUGCCAUCUUUUAGGGUUUCCCAGCGAAUAUGAGCUUCCAAGAUAUCGAGAAUGGCGGGAAGCUACCCACUGCCGGCCGUAGCUCUUCAUCUCAGAACCCUUCUCAGGCUGUGGCAGCUGGAAUCUUUCAGAUCAAUACUGCCAUCGCUGUAUUCCGUCGGCUUGUUGAUGCCAUUGGAACGUCUAAAGACACCCCCGAACACCGCCAGAAGAUACACAAUGCCAGGCAACGGAUUGGACAGUUAGUUAAGGAGACUUCUGCUAAGCUUCGAGCUCUGAGCGACUCUGAUCAUGGCAGCAAUGUUAGUCCAAGCAAGAAAGUAGAAGAUGCUAAGCUUGCAAGAGAUUUUCAAACUACCUUGCAAGAUUUACAGAAAGUCCAACAGCUUGCUGCUGAGCGUGAAUCAGCUUAUUCACCUUCAGCUCCCCCGACUUCUUUUCCAUCAAGCUCAGGUUCUGAAGACAAUGUGACCCAUGAUAUGGAUGGGGAGAGUCAGCCUUUCCUUAGGGAACAAAAAAGACAGGAGGUACUACUGCUAGGGAAUGAGGUUGCAUUCAAUGAGGCCAUAAUAGAGGAAAGAGAGCAAGGGAUUAAAGACGUACAAAUUGAAAUUGGACAAGCAAAUGAGAUAUUCAGGGACCUCGCUGUUCUAGUUCAUCAGCAGGGAGUGAUGAUUGAUGAUAUCGGAUCAAACAUUGAAGCAUCAUCUGCUGCGACAGCACAAGCAAAAGUUCAAAUAUCCAAGGCCUCCAAAAGUGUGAAAUCUAGGACAUCCUGGUGUUGGUGGGUGCUACUGGUUUUUGUAUUGGUGCUUGUCAUUGUUCUCCUUGUUCUUAUAAUAUAGCGUGGUUUGCUAUUGGCCUUACAAGUGCUGAGGUAAGGUUGGGGGUUCGGUUUGGAAGUUAAAAGCUUGUGUACGUCUGUUACCAUUUUAUUGUUUUUUUCCACGUAAUGAUUCUGUCAUAAAAUUAGAUUUCUACCGUGUUUGAAGUUCCUUUUUGUUUUUCUGUUUUCCCCCACGCUGUUUGCUUUUCUUUUUUUUUUUUUUUUUUUUGGGGGGGGGGGGUCCUUUGGGUUCUGUAAGCAGAUUAUUGGUUUCGGUUCUUAUUAGUGCAACUAAUUCAAAUAUACAGCUCAUGUUGGUUGAUGCGUUUUCAUUUCUCAA